CCCCCCAUCCAGGUAAUUUCUGAUGUGACGGCUGAGACAUGAGAUCUUCAGCCUCCCGGCUCUCCAGUUUUUCGUCGAGAGAUUCACUAUGGAAUCGGAUGCCGGACCAGAUCUCCGUCUCCGAGUUCAUCGCCGAGACCACCGAGGACUACAACUCGCCCACCACGUCCAGCUUCACCACGCGGCUGCACAACUGCAGGAACACCGUCACGCUGCUGGAGGAGGCUCUAGACCAAGAUAGAACAGCCUUACAGAAAGUGAAGAAGUCUGUAAAAGCAAUAUAUAAUUCCGGUCAAGAUCACGUACAAAAUGAAGAAAACUAUGCACAAGUUCUUGAUAAGUUUGGGAGUAAUUUUUUAAGUCGAGACAACCCAGAUCUUGGCACCGCUUUUGUCAAGUUUUCUACACUUACAAAGGAACUGUCCACACUGCUGAAAAAUCUGCUCCAGGGGCUGAGCCACAAUGUCAUCUUCACCCUGGAUUCCUUGUUAAAAGGAGACCUAAAGGGAGUCAAAGGAGAUCUCAAGAAGCCAUUUGACAAAGCUUGGAAAGAUUAUGAGACGAAGUUUACAAAAAUUGAAAAGGAGAAAAGAGAGCAUGCCAAACAGCAUGGGAUGAUCCGCACCGAGAUAACUGGAGCCGAGAUUGCAGAAGAAAUGGAGAAGGAGCGGCGCCUCUUUCAGCUCCAAAUGUGCGAAUAUCUCAUUAAAGUUAAUGAAAUCAAGACCAAAAAGGGUGUGGAUCUGCUGCAGAAUCUUAUAAAGUAUUACCAUGCACAGUGCAAUUUCUUUCAAGAUGGCUUGAAAACAGCUGAUAAAUUGAAACAGUACAUUGAAAAACUGGCUGCUGAUUUAUAUAAUAUAAAACAGACCCAGGAUGAAGAAAAAAAACAGCUAACUGCACUCCGAGACUUGAUAAAAUCUUCUCUUCAACUUGAUCAGAAAGAAGACUCCCAGAGCCGGCAAGGAGGAUACAGCAUGCAUCAGCUCCAGGGCAAUAAGGAAUAUGGCAGCGAGAAGAAGGGGUACCUGCUGAAGAAGAGCGACGGGCUCCGGAAAGUGUGGCAGAGAAGGAAGUGCGCUGUCAAGAAUGGGAUUCUGACCAUCUCCCACGCCACAUCUAACCGGCAGCCAGCCAAGUUGAACCUUCUCACCUGCCAGGUGAAACCGAAUGCAGAGGACAAGAAGUCGUUUGACCUGAUAUCACAUAAUAGGACGUAUCACUUUCAGGCAGAAGAUGAGCAGGAUUAUGUAGCGUGGAUAUCAGUAUUGACAAACAGCAAAGAAGAGGCCCUCACCAUGGCCUUCCGUGGAGAGCAGAGCACAGGGGAGAACAGCUUGGAAGACCUGACAAAAGCCAUUAUCGAGGAUGUCCAGCGUCUCCCUGGGAAUGACGUCUGCUGCGAUUGUGGCUCGUCAGAACCCACCUGGCUCUCGACCAACUUGGGUAUUCUAACCUGUAUAGAAUGUUCCGGCAUCCAUAGGGAAAUGGGGGUCCAUAUUUCUCGCAUUCAGUCUUUGGAACUAGACAAAUUAGGAACUUCUGAACUCUUGCUGGCCAAGAAUGUAGGAAACAAUAGUUUUAAUGAUAUUAUGGAAGCAAAUUUACCCAGCCCCUCACCAAAGCCCACCCGUUCAAGUGAUAUGACCGUACGGAAAGAGUAUAUCACUGCGAAGUAUGUAGAUCAUAGAUUUUCACGGAAGACCUGCUCAUCGUCAUCAGCUAAACUGAGUGAAUUGCUUGAGGCCAUCAAAUCCAGGGAUUUACUUGCACUAAUUCAAGUCUAUGCAGAGGGAGUCGAGCUGAUGGAACCGCUGCUGGAACCCGGACAAGAGCUCGGGGAAACAGCCCUUCAUCUUGCAGUCCGAACUGCAGACCAGACAUCUCUCCAUUUGGUUGACUUCCUCGUACAAAACUGUGGGAACCUGGACAAGCAGACAGCCCUGGGAAAUACGGCCCUGCACUACUGCAGCAUGUACAGUAAGCCUGAGUGUUUGAAGCUGCUUCUCAGGAGCAAGCCCACCGUGGAUGUCGUUAACCAGGCUGGAGAGACUGCCCUGGACAUAGCAAAGAGACUGAAAGCUACCCAGUGUGAAGAUCUGCUUUCCCAGGCUAAGUCUGGAAAGUUCAAUCCACAUGUCCACGUAGAAUAUGAGUGGAAUCUUCGACAGGAGGAGAUGGAUGAAAGCGAUGAUGAUCUGGAUGACAAGCCGAGCCCAGUCAAGAAAGAGCGCUCCCCAAGACCUCAGAGCUUCUGCCACUCCUCCAGUAUCUCCCCCCAGGACAAGCUGUCACUGCCGGGAUUCGGCACUCCAAGGGACAAACAGCGGCUCUCCUACGGCGCCUUCACCAACCAGAUCUUCGUCUCAAGCACAGACUCGCCCACGUCACCAACCUCGGAGGCGCCUCCACUGCCUCCUAGAAACGCCGGGAAAGGUCCAACUGGCCCACCUUCAACACUCCCUCUAAGCACCCAGACCUCUAGUGGCAGCUCCACCCUGUCCAAGAAGAGGCCUCCUCCCCCACCACCCGGACACAAGAGAACCCUGUCCGACCCUCCCAGCCCACUACCUCACGGGCCCCCAAACAAAGGCGCAGUUCCUUGGGGUAACGAUGUGGGUCCAUCAUCUUCAAGUAAGACCACGAACAAGUUUGAGGGGCUGUCUCAGCAGUCCAGCACCGGUUCUGCAAAGACUGCCCUUGGCCCAAGAGUUCUUCCUAAACUACCUCAGAAAGUGGCACUAAGAAAAACAGAAACCAGCCAUCAUCUCUCUCUCGACAAAGCCAGUGUCCCGCCCGAAAUCUUUCAGAAAUCGUCACAGUUGGCAGAGUUACCACAGAAGCCGCCACCUGGAGACCUGCCCCCGAAGCCCACAGAACUGGCUCCCAAGCCCCCAAUCGGAGAUUUGCCGCCUAAGCCAGGAGAACUGCCCCCCAAGCCACAGCUGGGCGACCUGCCACCCAAACCCCAGCUCUCAGACUUACCUCCCAAGCCUCAGAUGAAGGACCUGCCUCCGAAACCGCAGCUGGGAGACCUGCUGGCCAAAUCCCAGGCCGGAGAGGUCUCGCCCAAGGCCCUGCAGCCCUCAGAGGUGCCCCAGAAGCCACACCCGGUGGAUCUCUCCCCAAACGUGCAGUCCCGAGACGCCCUCCAAAAGCAAGCCUCUGAAGACUCCAACGACCUCACGCCCACUCUGCCGGAGACGCCCGUCCCGCUACCCAGGAAGAUCAACACGGGGAAGAAUAAGGUGAGGCGAGUGAAGACCAUUUACGACUGCCAGGCCGACAAUGACGAUGAGCUCACCUUCAACGAGGGAGAGGUGAUCGUCGUCACAGGGGAGGAGGACCAGGAGUGGUGGAUUGGGCAUAUCGAAGGGCAGCCUGAAAGGAAGGGGGUCUUCCCAGUGUCCUUUGUUCACAUCCUGUCCGACUAGCAAAAAGCAGAACCUUACGACUGUCCACAUCCUUCAUGCAAGACUGCUGCCUCCACGUGAUCCUGUGCACAACGUGUAUAUAGCUGCCGUUACAGAGCGAGCAACCCCCGGAAAGGCCGCCUCAGGAGGGGAACAUGGCGUGUGUUGUAAAUAUCCUGUGGUCUUCUGCCUUCGCCAGUAUUAGGGUAGCCUGGGGACCCGGCGCGCCUUACUGGUUUGCCAAAGCCAUCCUUGGCGUUUAGCACUUACAUCUCUCUCUAUGCUGUUUUCCAAGCAAACACACAGAAACAGGAAUAUAGGAACUGCUGGCUUUGCAAAUAGAAGUGGUCUCCAGCAACCGGUGAAGGGCAUAGAGCUGACUCUGUGUCUAACAGUACAGUAUUCUCGAUUGUGUUACUGAAAAUGCAACAUUAGCGAAGAGGUGGGUUCUGUUUUCCAGGUGAAACUUUUCGUCCGUGACAGACCAGCCUGUAGUUACCUGUGUACACGGUUUACAGCUACAAAACCUACUUGGGUAUUUAUUACAGAAAGUGCUCAGUUAAACGUAAGUGUUACUCCUCCAGCAAAACCUUCACUGACCCAAAACCUUUGGUGGCAUUUAAAGUGCCCGCAGCCUCACUCAAGUUAGGACAAGUGGAUUACACUGUCUUAUGAUGAUGAGCACCCACCCCCGAGAUAUUACCUCAUUAUGCAAAAACAACAUAUCCUUCAUGACUAUUUUGACAAAAGCUUAAAACACGUCUGAUGAAGUUCAACUUCCAGGAACCAAGGACUGCCAGAAAAUACUAGCCUCUACAUUAUGCAUGCAUUUAGAAGCUUACCUGAAAUCUGCCUUUUAUAAAGGAAUAGUAUGGAUAAGUUGAACUGUACAUUUUUUAAACUUGAUUGCCAUUAAAGCAGAAAUUAUAAGGUUGCAACAGUAUUUGUUUCUAGUCAGUCAUUUGGCCUUCUCAAGAGUAUGAAUUUACAGAUCAUCUUAUGAAUUAACAUCUUCCAAAUGUGUUAAAGCAUCUAAUGCGUCCAUUUUAAAUUAUUUUCUUAGUUUUGUUCUUGAUAAAUUUAAACUUUUAAAAGAUUCUUCAAGCAGAUGACAAAUUUAAAAGUCAGCCCUUCACACAACGUCCCCACUGUAGAAUCCAGGUGCUGAAACCAACCUUUUCUUUUCCCGUGCUCCUUGCAGCUCCGUUCGGUAGAUACCUUCCCUCCAGGGCUCUGAUCGCUGCUGCGCAUCGCACUGUGAAAGCUCUCCCUGCAGUGCGUCUCCCCUCCCGGCUUGCUUUCCGUCCCAGCUGUUUAUCAGACCGUUAGAACGUCACGAGUGUUUCGGUCUCAUACGUCCGUCUGCCUUUUGACAAGAAUACAGCACUUUCACUCCGCAGUCAGUGGGUCUGCUCUCUGAUUCCAAGGCUCCUGUGUCGUUCUGGCAUCCCGUUUGUUUAAAGUGCUAUGUUGGCAACAGCACAGAAAACUUAAUAUUUUUAAGCAGAUCAUCUUGGCAGUGAGUGAGACUUGUUCAUUUCACAGAAGCACAGCUCCCAACCAAACCCGUAGGAAAAGCCCUGUCUAAUAGAGGCCCAGUGCUCGGGUAAUAUUAAUUUAGUUCUGCUUACGUGAUUACUGGGAAAACUUUGAAUAGCCACCUAAUCCAUAAACCUUGCAUGACAAACCUGCAGCCUGUCUUAUCAGCCGUUAUUGGAAAAUGAUCUUAAGCAGUUGCUUCCUCAGUGUCAUGGCACAUGUGAAUCCCAUGCAAAACGAGAACGUCAGGAGCCAGCUGGUGAGCUGGGGUGUGGCUGCCAGUGUUCGCAGCCUCAUCUUCAGAGCUGCACGGGUGUCAGGGACGGGAAAUCCACCAAGGUUACUGAUGUCCCCGUUCAUUCAUCUACACGUUUGUGUUAAAGAACUAUUCAUUUUUUGUGGCCUACACUAUUUCCAGCUGAUCUCAAACUGGUUUUUAAAAAAAACAGAGAAACUAGAUAUUUAAAAUUACACGGAGUCCAUGUCUACUCUUCUUCCCCUUUUGCAGCAACUUAGACAAAGCCAUUUUUUAGUACUUUUUUUUUUUUCUGAUUUUGUUUGUGUUUCCCAUCAGGAAUUUGAGUUCUCUCUAACCCAGCUUACUGUGGGACAUAGGAAAACUAGAUAGAAAUGCCUUUGGUGAUCUCGGUUGAAUUUAAAUCUGAUAUUGUUCUUAAACUCAGUGAGCCACUAUCUGCAAUUUUGUACAUGAUAUAGUAUUUUGAAGGUGUGGAACCUUACGGAAAAAAUAGCUAAUUCGUUCUUUUUUCCCCCAGAGGGGAAAGUUAUGUUCUGCAAAUAGUGUGUGUCUUAUUUUACUGUUGAACAGCAAUCGCUAUUUAUUUUUUUAUUGCCUAGAAGUUCAACAUGUUGUAUGGGAACCCCAUAGUAGCGCUAGUGGAAUUCCAAACCCCAUCCGUACGUUACAGUCAGUCAUCAGCACACUUGUCAUUUCACAUGUAUGUAAUGUGACAGUUUUUCAGUACUGUACGUGUUAAUUUCUACUUUUUUUAAUAUUUAAAAUUGCUUUUAAAUAAACAUAUUCUCAGUUGAUCCCAAA